AAAUUUAUUAAAAAAAAACUGAUUAUAAGAUUAUUAGAUGGGAUCUGAUCCUGAAAAACAAGAUAAAUCACUAUCAAAUACAUAUAAAGAUGGUGAAUCUCUUUUGAGUAGUUUUUUUCCGGGAAAAAUUGAAGAUUUUUUGUUAACACAAAAUAAGACAACACAAAAUAAUAUUUUAAUACUUUUACCAAAUAAUUUCAGUAUAAACAAGGACCUUAGUAUAGACACAAAGAAUUAUAGAGCAGAUAUUUGUUAUAUAAAUGAUAUUUAUACAGGAUCAAAAGUUCUUGAGAAGGAAUUAUAUGAAUGUUUUUUUCUUAUAUCAACCGAACAGAAAAGCCUUAAUGAGUUCAUUCUUAUACUUAAUCCUCUCCUAAUGUCUAUAAAAUAUGAGAAAGGAGGGCGUAUUCGCAUAGAAAAUUCAGAAAGAAGAAACCAAGUUCGCCAAGAAGCUAUUUUACAAGGUUGGAACGUUAAUCUUGAAAAUGAAGAACUCAUAUUUUUAAGGCCAAUUAUCCCAGAAAAUGCGGUUCCUUUACCAAAAAAAAAGACAAAUCUUAAAAAAAACAACUACAAUAUAAAAUUCGAUAAUAUAGAAUUAAUUAACGAAGAUGAUCUUCUAGAACCAUCCGAUUUAAUUCCUCCUACAUAUGAAAAUAAUUUUUGCAACAAUCAAUCAAUAAAGAAAAAAAAAAGAUGUAAAAAUUGUACAUGCGGCUUGAAACAAGACGAAACAGAAAUAACGGAAAAAAUAGACAAAAUGACAAUACAUUUGCUAAAAGAACACGAACUUGGAGAUAUAGAUUUCAUAAAGGCAAGUAAUAUUAUCAGUAAUUGUGGAAAUUGUUAUCUUGGUGAUGCUUUUCGAUGUAGCAAAUGCCCUUAUUUUGGAAUGCCUGCUUUUAAACCAGGAGAAAAAAUCCAACUAAAACUAAACGAUCUUGAAUAAUUUAUUGUUAUAAAAAAUGUAAAAUUUAAACUAGAAAAUAUUAUUCAAUAUAUAACUUUUUAUA